AAGUACAGCUGUAGUAGGAGAGGUAACUCACGAAGAACUUUGACGUAAAUCAAUGAAUGUGUUAAAAAUUUGUUGGAAGACUUUGUCGCUGGAAAUGCUUUACCAGUUUGACCCGUUGUGAAGUGCAACAGUUAUUCCAGUGAAAUAAAAUACGCCAAAAUACAAUACAAUUACUUAUCUUAUAGAUGUGAAACUUCUCUUGCGCAUGCCCAAAGACGCCAUUUUGAUCAAAUUUGUUGGAGAUAUUCGAAAAUGGCGAAAAAGUAGUGUAACAUAUCCUUCUGUGUUUUGGGUGUGACAAUACUCUCAGUCCUGAAUGCCUGAAGGGACAGAGACAGUUCAGAAGCAGAAGUGGCUGUAUACAGUGACAACAGUGCGGUACUAUGCCAGCACCAAGGAACAAUACUGAAGGAUCUUUUUCAUAUAUAGCAAAGCAAGGCGGGAGGAAUGGAAAGGAGACAGUAAGGCGAAACAUCCAGUGAAGGAUUAAAAAGAAUAAAAAAAGUUAUUUGUGGUGAAGAGGAAUAAUGAAGAAAAGUAAUGCAAGGCCUGGUAGUUUGAAAGAUCCUGAAAUCGCAGAACUUUUUGAUAAAGAUGACCCUGAAAAAAUAUUUGAAGACCUUCGUGAAAUUGGACAUGGCAGUUUUGGUGCUGUCUACUAUGCUCGUUGCCAUCAUACGAAAGAAAUUGUUGCCAUUAAGAAAAUGUCAUAUGUUGGAAAGCAAAGUGCAGAGAAAUGGCAAGAUAUCUUAAAAGAAAUCAGGUUUUUGCGCCAACUUAACCAUCCAAAUACAAUAGAAUACAAAGGAUGCUUCCUGCGGGACCAUACAGCAUGGCUGGUAAUGGAAUACUGCCUGGGGUCAGCAUCAGAUAUAAUUGAAGUUCACAAGCGACCGCUUAAAGAAGAAGAAAUAUCAGCUAUCUGCGAGGGUGUGCUACGUGGCCUUCAUUACUUGCAUUCUCUGGGGCGCAUCCACCGUGAUGUCAAAGCUGGAAAUAUCCUCCUUACAGAAAAUGGAACAGUUAAGCUGGCGGAUUUUGGUUCAGCAAGCAUCAAAUGCCCUGCAAACAGCUUUGUGGGUACUCCAUAUUGGAUGGCACCAGAGGUCAUCCUUGCAAUGGAUGAAGGCCAAUAUGAUGGAAAGGUUGAUGUGUGGUCGUUAGGGAUUACUUGUAUAGAACUGGCUGAACGCAAGCCCCCAUACUUCAACAUGAAUGCAAUGAGUGCCCUCUACCAUAUUGCUCAAAAUGAUACUCCUCAACUAAGUUCAUCAGAAUGGUCUGACGUGUUUCGUCAUUUUGUGGAUUCUUGCUUGCAGAAGAACCCAAGUGAAAGACCUAGUUCAGGCAAACUGCUUGGGCACCAGUUCGUCACAAGGCAACGAUCACCGCAUAUUCUUAUUGACCUUAUUCAACGAACAAAAGCAGCAGUCCGUGAACUAGAUCAUCUGAAUUACAGAAAAAUGAAGAAAAUCCUCAUGAUCGAUGCAUUUGAAACAGAGAGUAAUCUAGGAGAUGCUGAUGACACACCUGAUGAGCAAACUGGUGGAGAUAGUAGCAAGAGUAAUAGUAUAACCUCUGAGCAUUCAAUCCAUUCUGUGGGUGUGAGUGCAUCUUCGCAAAGCAGUUCAACAAAUAGUCUUCCCCCAGCCACAGAUGGCAAUGAUGGCAAUUAUCCUCCUUCGGUCCGUAGGCACAAGGCCAGUAAUUCUAAUGCAAUCCAGGAUCAUGGUGCUAAUAAUUUUGCAACUAUCAGAACAACAUCCAUUGUUACCAAGCAGCAGAAGGAACAUAUGCAGGAAGAGAUGCAUGAGCAGAUGUCUGGUUAUAAGCGUAUGAGAAGGGAACAUCAGGCUGCCUUACUUAAGCUGGAAGAAAGGUGCAAGCUCGAGAUGGAAGCACAUAAACAACAGUUGGACAAAGAAUACGAGUCUCUGUUACAACAGUUUAGUAAAGAACUUGAAAAGUUACAGGUUAGACAUCAGCAAGAGCUUGAUCGAAAGGUGAAGCAGAAUCAGGCAGCAGAAAAGAAGUUACAGAAGGAUAUUAUGAGUCGACAGGAACAAGAUCGUAAGGCCUUUGAGACACAGAAGAAGAAGGAGUACAAGAUGAGUAAAGAGCGGUGGAAACGGGAACUGAGCCUAGACGAAUCGACACCAAAGCGGCAACGCGACGCCACCCUGCAGAGUCAGAAAGACAACCUCAAGCAACUGGAAGCUCAAGAGGAGCAAAGACUUCUUAGAGGCCAGAAAGAAUAUCUCGAUUUGGAGAUUCGGAAAUUCAGAAGAAAAAAAUUCCUUCUAUUCCAGAGCCUCGAAAGGGAGCUUCUUCAAGAGGAGUUAAGUAAGAGACAGCAACAACUGGAGCAAGCUCACGCAAUGCUUCUUCGGCACCACGAGAAAACGCAGGAAUUGGAGUACAGGCAGCAAAGAGCUGUGCAUCAACUUCGUGAGGAUCAGAUCAUGAGGCAGCAUGCAUCAGAACUGCAGAACCAACAGGACUAUAUGGAGCGUGCUGAACGGGAGCUACGUAAGAAGCAUGCAUUAGAGCUGAAGCAGCAGCCGAAGAGCCUCAAGCAAAAAGAAAUGCAGAUACGGAAACAGUUUAGGGAAACAUGUAAAAUACAAACUCGGCAGUACAAGGCGCUCAAAGCCCAAAUCCUGCAAACAACGCCAAAGGAUGAACAGAAGGCAGUGAUAAAGAAAUUAAAGGAAGAGCAGCGGCGAAAGCUUGCAUUGCUAGGUGACCAGUAUGAGCAAAGCAUAGCUGAAAUGCUCCAGAAGCAGUCGAUUCGGCUUGAUGAGUCUCAGGAGGUGGAAUGCCACCAUUUGAAAGAGCGUCUACACUAUGAGCUGGAAAUCCUAAUGGCCUACCAGUCAAAGAAUAAAAUGCAAGCAGAGGCGCAACGAAAUAGAGAACGAAAGGAACUGGAAGAUCGUGUGUCCGUACGACGAGCUUUACUUGAGCAAAAGAUGGACGUGGAAACUAGACAGUUUGAGCAAGAAAGAGAUGAAAGGAUUAGGCUGUUGCAUGAACGACAUGAGAGGGAACUGGAACAGUUUGAUGAGGAGUCUGCUCGACUUGGAUUCAGUGCUCUGGCAAUAGCAGAGGCUCCAAAGGAAGCCUAUCCUGAUGAAGAAAGUCUUUCAGGUAGCAUGUUGAGCCUUGCACACAGCAAUAGUUCAACAUCAUUCCCACCUGGAAGUCUUUAGCAUAUGCUUGAUCAUUUCCCUUGAUCAUUCAUAAAUCCACCUAAGCUCCUAUCUGCCACCCGUUUAAGUACCCACCUUUGCCCUGUGCCAAUUGGCUGUUAACAGCCAGCACAGGUAAAUAAUUUAAUGAGCAAAAAAUGGCAGUGGUAUGAAUUCAGAGAAAUGCAAGCUCAGGUGUUGGAUGUAGUUAAGAAUUUGACUGACAGUCUCGUAUUUCUUAUAAUAAGAAGCAUUGACGGUUUCCCCGUGCUCUGCCAGUUUUACUCUUUGGAAAUUGGUUAUGAGACUAUUUUAUUACUUGUGUUUAUUUAAUUACUGGGCUGUAGCCUUGGCUAUUGAAAGCUACUGAGCAUUUUGAUUAUACAGACUGCAUAGCUUGUAAUGUUCUCUUAUUCCAAUUGCGCAUUCAGUUUACAGCGCAUUUGUUUGAUAGAUAAUUAUACAGAUGUAUUUGUACGAUACCGACAGUGUGGUUGUCCUAAGUUUCAUUGUGUCAAUUAUUAUAAAAGCAGUGUAACAUUCCAUUUGUUCCAGUAAUAGACUCACAAGUGCUUGCAAAACUGAAGAAGUAUAGCGGCUUCUAUAAUUUUUUAAUUCUGUGAAUUAAACGGUACUGUUCAGAAAGAAUUUCUCUGUCACAUGCUGAUUAAGUGUAUUGACACAUUAUGGGACUUUAGAAUCAGCCUAAAAUUGUGGAAGAUACUGAACCACCAUAUCUGGUAUGCAGUAUUCUAAGUCAAAAAUAAACAGAAUUUGUGUCUUGUAUUAUUAUAUAGACUUACUGUUUACCUUUUUCUUCCCUCCCUUUCCUUUACAUCUAAGGUAAACCAAAGGAAAUCUUUUAUUGUGCUUAAAAGAAUAUGUGCAACAUAUGCAUGUAAACAGCUUAUGAGAGAUUCUGGUAUACCAUUACUUCCAGUUAUGGUACUAUGAUUAAGUCUCCUCUUUUUUGUGAAAUUAGUAUUAAUUUGUAUUGUUCAGUUGUACAAAUGGAAUCCUGAAUUGCAUGUGAAUCGAAAUUUACGUGGUUGUAUGUCAUAUUUGAAAGUAACAAAGAAGUUAACAUAAUGCAGAUGCAUUGUAUUGGGGAAAGAAGCUUCAGUCGUUCAGCAGAGAGAGGUGGCAAGGAAAAAUAUGUAACUGGAGAUUAUAAUCAUAUUUUUUAGAAAAAAAAUUAAUGUUAAUUUCCCCCUUAAUGUUUCCCAAAGAUGGUUUCUUAUUGGACAACAUAAUAUUAAUGUAGAUUUAGGCCCAUUUUGUAUUGAAACUUAUUUAAUUCUCCACUUUAUUUGUUCAACGUUGACUGUUUUUAAAGCUUUGCAUUAAAGUAUCUUCCUGUAAUGUGAGAAAGCUGUAGGGUUUGAUGCAUACCUGCAGAGUACUUGAAGGUGGAUUGAAAUAGUUAUAUGAAGCAUAAUCAAAAAGAAAUAUCAUUGAACACCCAGUAACACUAUGAUGAGAACCUUAAACUGGUAUACCAGUGACAGAAAUUGUUGCUCGUAAAAGUCAACAGGAUGUUGUAACAGUAAUACCAAAUUUCUAAAAGCCUUUUUAUUACCAGUUGGCAUGCUGAAGUUGAUGUAAAAAUAUUCAAAUGUCACUAAGUUAGUUACCAACAUUUUAUCACUUUGUAUUACCAAUGUGUGAUGAUAUCUUGUGCAAAGGUAGUAUAUUUGCAGAGCUCAUAAGUUUUAUUUAUUGUAUCAUUUUCCAUGACACAUAGCUUAUCAUAAUUUUUUCUGUCUUCUGAAAUGAAAUGUAAUCAUUGAAAUAACAUACAGUGAUUGACACAUGCUAAUAUUUGAAUGUUUUUCAUAUGUAGUCAUUCACAUAGCCACUUUGUGGCAUAAAUUCACUCAGCAAGACGUAUGCUGUCCUCAUCUGCCAUGUAAAGAUGUACAUAAGUAAAUAAAGUACAUAAUUUUUAAAUAGAUUUUGGUGCUUACUACAAUUUUUAGCUAUUGUUGGUUGUCUUGGGAUCAACAAUUUUACAGAAAGCUCAAAAAUCCAGUCAUUGUAUUAAUUUUCUGAGAGAAUAAGUAAAUUCAAAUUUUUGUGUCUAUUGUUUUAUGCAUAUAUCAAAAUGUAUGUGUUUCUAUCCCUACAGCAUGAUCAUAUCCUUGAGCUUUGUAUUUGGGAGACCUUUUUUUUUUUAGUGGGGGUGGGGUGGGGUGACAUCAUUCGUAAUCAGCUAUGAGUAGUGGCUGUAUCUUUGCCACAGUGGCAAUACCUGCCAAAAAAUAUUGUGGUUGACCUUCUAAAAGAUGUGAUCAUAAGCUUAAGGUUCAUUUCCUAACAGCCAUGUGUUUGCUCAAAUAUAGUCUUUGAUUAUUUCAUAUAAUUCCCUUAUCAUUCUGUUCAUUUGAUUGUCACUUUUAUUUGCAGAAGAGCUGUGUAGUUUGUGUACAGUUUUUUUUAAUGUAGCUACUUAAAAUGCAUGCCCUCUUUUUCUUACAGAUGCUAGUUAUUCAUGAGAACAUUGCACCUGUCCCAUUUGUCCAGGUGGAGUUAUAUCUCAAAUUUCACAAAACCCGGGAAGAUAGUGUGGCACUAACAAAACAGUUUGCUGGAUAGACUUUUUCUGUAAAAAUAUAUACUUUCAUUUAUUGCAUACAUUUCAUAAAUUACAUUUUCAAAAUAAUGUUUCCAGUUUAUGUAAUUAAGCUUUGAAAAAGAUUUUCUGACAAUGGACAACAAGUCUUCUGUAAUUUUCUGACUCUCUCGUAUAUUUGAAUUCUUAUAAUGAAAAAUGGCAUACUUUUUCUCACUAAAUUCAGUGUAAUAGUUAAGGGACAAUUCAGGGAACAUGAAUCACCAAAAUAUGGAAAUACAUUGUUGUACUUCAUGUACAAUUCAUUAUGAAAAAGUAUCUCUAUGUGUUGAAUUGAUCUGUGUUUGGUGUGCUUGUUCAGAAUUCACAUGUUGUCAAUAGAGGAUAAUUAUUUUUCACUUCCAGAAGUGCAUUUUAAUUUUGUGGUGGUAUUCUCACAAUAUUCACCUUCUUCUCUCCACCCAAUUGCAACUGGCUGGUCUAUGUAAGCAACAGACUGGAGUUUUCUAAUAGUUGUAAUGUGACUGGCAGGUAGUUUGUUUUCCAAGUAAUUUUUCUGUCGUCUUCAUUGGAGAAGUUCAAAUACCUGAAUAUUUUAUCCCUAGUAGAAAUUUACCAUUUACAGAAUACAUUGCUUUGUGCAAAAAGUUAAUAUUGUCAAGGGUUUAUCAUAAAGUCCUGUACAGUACUGACAUAAUAUUUUCACCAUAGUAUGGCAAAGUAAUAUAGAAAACUAGAGCAAAUUGUAAAGCAAUUCCAUGCACUUAUUAAUUCAAUUAUAGGGCAUUGAAAAUAUUGCACAAGAAGAGGGCAUUCUUAAGGCCAGUACUAGAAUAUUUCAAAGAUGGAAUAGGCUAUUAUUUUCAGACCAGGUUAUUGUAAUUAAGGCUUCCUGUUAUUUUCUUAGUGUAACAUCAUGCAGAAAUGAGAAUUGUUAAUUAGCGUUACAAGUUUGUUUAGAUGGUUCCCUAUAUUUGAGCAUUCAGACACAGUUUUGUUCUGUAACUGCUUUGAAACUGAUAGUAAGAGGUCAACACAAUAUUGUUAGGUGGAACUUGGGUAAAAACUGUAUAAUUAUUCACAACAUUGUGUAUUUUGGUGUAAACAAAAGUAUUUUGUCUGGUCAACACAUUUGGGAUUAGAUUGGGUUGUUGCUUCAAUAACAUCUUUGAUGUUUUGUAAAGUUGUGGGAAUUGUCAGUUUGACAGUUCCAUAUUUUUAGUGUAUAAGUAAAACUGCCACCCUAGGUAAAUAUAUCUACGAAAUCCUUUGUUCUAGGGUCUCUUGGUAAGAAUUGUCAUCUUUACAAUUUUUAAAAUUUGUUUAGAGAGAGAUUGAAACAGUCAGGCAAAGUUCAGUUUCAAAUGUCUUCACAUUUCUGUGACAUUGCAUGUAACAGAUAGAGAAAAUAAUGAAAAUCAUAUGCACUUUUGAUUAUUUUUCAGUGUGUGUCAUUAGAAUAUUAGGCUGUUUGGUUUCAUUAUUGAGAAGAUCCCAUGUAUAAGUUUGUUAACAAAGGGAAACACAAUUAAAAAUGUGAUGAAAAGAGCUGAGAGCAUUUUUAAUAAGAGAUAGCAAGUACACAUUUUCUGUUUGAUACAAACAGCAGUGAAUUUUGAAAAAUUAUUCAGGUUGUCCUGUGGAGGAUUUAUACCUUUCUGCAAGGGAAUGUCACAAGUUUAUUAUUUCAGGUUACCUAGCAAACAGAAAGGAAAGCCUGAGGCAUAAAUUACAUGCAGUGAAGAAGGAUGUGCUUAAAAGAUAAGAAUAACUGUGUUAUAGUGUACAUUAUUCUUGAUUUUAGUAGGGAACACAUUUUAGUUCUUUAUAUGUUUACAUGACUGUGACAGUUUUUGCAGAACCAUCUAAUUACACUGAAGUUGUUAGGAUAUGUUUGCACCAUUUACUGCUUCUGAUUCCAUUAUUAUAUCAUUAAACACUGCUUAAUAAGUUACAGAACACAAGAAUUUUAAAUACCUUACAACAGUGCAGCAGUAAGUGAGCUAAUUAUUAUUAGCUUACAGCAUAAAAUUGCUUAAUCCUUAAGCUGCAGUCUUCAUUAAUUUCAGAUGUGAGCAGCAUUUGAAUUCUUCUUAUCUUUGUUCUGUCCAGUACUAUAUGAUUUGAGACUGUUUUGUGUCUUAUCUUUACUACUAGUUCCUAAUGUUUCAGCAAUUUUCCCCUCUAUUUAAAUAUAAUUUAUGUAGUUUUACUGCAACAUCCACCUGACUACUUUGUUUGCUACACUCUUGAAUAUCAGGAGCUAAUUAAUAUUGAAAUAGCGAGUAUGUCACCCAUUGCAUAGAAAAGAUAAUUUCACUUCGUAGCUGUAAAAAGAAAUGCCCUAUUGCCAGAAUUGAAGAAAAUUUGAUAAAACAUCUUGGAGAUUUCUUUGCAUUUGGAAAGAAUUAUAGAUUAACUUUACACAUUCAAGGAAACAGUAACAAAAUUAAGUGGAGUGAACUAACUGUUCCUCUUCUAACUCCUUUAUUUGUUUUUUGUAUUGCCUUGUUCCAUUGUCUUUGGCUCUUUCCAAAUAAAGAUAAAUGUAAAUCUUUUGCUUUUCUCUUAAAGCAAUAUCUCUUUCCUGUUGUUUUUGAUUUAAAUGACCUUCAGUAUUCGACAUAACUUUUUCUAUCUGCAUUAGAGACACAGAAUACCACUAAUUUAACUGUAAUAUUAUGGAAAGAAUAGAUGCUACUCACUAUAUACGGGAGACAUUGAGUCAUCGGCAGGCACAAUGAAAAGAGUUCUAAACACUGAGCUUUCAGUCAAAAAAGGCCUUCUUCUAAAUCAGAAAACAUUGACACAGACAAAACUCGCACACCCCUAUGACCAUUGUCUCUGGCCACUGAGACAGAACUAGAGACAGUGAUUUUGUAUGUGUGUGUGUGUGUGUGUGUGUGUGUGUGUGUGUGUGUGUGUGUGUGUGUGUGUGUGUGUGUG